AUGAACUCAGACGUUUCUACAGCACUUUUGAGCGGGGUGGCCGUUUUCUUAGCCCUUCGAGGGCGCAUGAUCCAGGGAGACAUAGCUGCUGUCUCUCUCGCGGCAUUGUGCCUCUCUGUGGCCAUCAUAUACGCCGUCAUCCUCCAGCCAGAAUGGAGCAUCAUCGCGAUAUUGGGCCAUGCCGCGUACCUCAUCACGCUGACCUUCGCUGCAGUCUGGACAUGCUUCAUCGUAUACCGCAUCUCGCCCCUGCACCCACUACACAGAUUCCCUGGCCCAGUCCUGAACCGCGUCACCGAACUGCCAUUGGCGUAUACCGCGGCACGCCUCAACCGGCAUCUCUACCUUUGCGAGCUACAUGAAACUUAUGGACCAAUUGUACGCACAGGGCCGAACAGCAUCUCGAUCAACUCGAAAACCGCAGCGUACACGAUCCACAAGUCAGCACAAUGCUUCAACAAGACAGAAGCGUACGACCUGCACCUCAAGGGCGAGGGCUUAUUCUUUGUCAAGGAGCGCGACCGGCACGCCGUGCGGCGUCGGCCGUGGAACCGCGCCAUGUCUAACGAAGCCAUCCAGGAGUACACGGAGCCGCUUUUCCGAACCACGCACGCCUUGGUGGACCGUUUGGCGAAGGACACGGAGUCGAACGGCUCGGUGGAUUUCGUCAGGUGCGUUACACAGUGGGCCUUUGACACAGCAGCCCUGAUUACGUUCGGCGGAAAUGGCACAGAGAUGAGUCUGCUUGCCUCCGACGACCCAGACGAGCUAGCCGACAAGCCCAGAAUAUCGCUUGCUUCAUUCGAAUUCUUCAGCCACCUCCCAUGGUUGUUCCAUAUACUGAAGCAUUUUCCCGCAUCCGUCUUUCGUCAAGUGGAAGAGUUCUCUUUGAAGCAAGCGGAACGACGGCUGCAGGCGGAGAAGAUCCAGUUCAAGGACGUCUUCUCCUACUGGGUCGAGGAUGCAGAACUGCCUAACGUAAAUGAGCUCGCAACAGACUCGCUUGCUGCCAUCAUCGCAGCGACGGAAACCGUCAGCUCCAUGACCUCUCUGGUCUUCUUCUUCAUCCUCUCCAACCCGCAAUGGUACCGCGCCCUCCGCGCCGAGCUCGACGCCGCCUUCCCCGCACACGCCCCGCUCGACGCCUCCUCCGCCUCUACAGACGCACUCGACGCGCUCCCCAUCCUCACCGCCGUCAUUCAUGAAGCAUUCCGCCUCGGAGCCAUCUUCUCUGGGCUGCCCCGCGUGGUGCCGCCUGGAGGUGCCUCGAUCGACGGGGUCCACUUCCCCGGGGGCACCGUCGUCUCCGUGCCCAUCUACGCGCAACACCUCUCCGCGGACAACUUCGGCGCCGAUCCUUCCGCGUUCAACCCCGCACGGUGGCUCCCUUCAACAGGGUCGAGCAACGAGAACGUGAAGGCGGACAGGGGCGCGCUGCUGACGUUCGGCGCGGGCCCGUUCAACUGCGUCGGGCAGCGGCUAGCGUACAGGCAGACGCGGCUCGUGCUCGCGUGUGUAUUCCUGCUGCUGGAUGUCGACCUAGUGGAUGGGUUCGAUAAGGAAAGGUGGUGGGCUGGUGUGGGCAAUCUGCGCGCGACGGUGAUCAAGGAGCCGCUGACGGUGGCCGCGCGGCGCCGGAGGGCGGCGGGCCUGGGCGUCGUGUUUCCGUCUGCUUGAACCCUGAGGCCUCUCAGCUCUGAUUUCCGUUCCUGUAUAGUAUACCGGAAGCUUCCGUGUAUGUCUUGACUGGC